CCGAAAGCGAGGCUGUUGCGGGCAGUCAGGCCGGAGACGCCAUUGCUGCCUGAGGAGCCGGAGCGGCCAGCGGCUGAGGCGAGAGGGGCAGAAGCGCCACACCGGCAGGGCGACCUCUCUCCGCUCUCCCCCACCGACCCUCUGCUUGGCUGAAGAAGCCCUUUCGCGAAGCAGUGCAUUGGGAGUAGAGCUGUUCUUUUUCGUUGUUCGGUAUCGGGCGGGCCCCCGGAGCGGUCGGACCUCCCUCCCCCCCUCUCCUCCCCGAGUUGCGGAGCUCCGGGCGCUCAAGGCGAGUCGGUGUCGGCGGAUCAUGGCGUGCGGGGCCACACUCAAACGCAGCGUCGAGUUUGACGCGCUGCUCAGCCCUCAGUCGCCCAAGAGGAGGCGGUGCAUGCCUUUGACGGGGCCGGGCGCUGGGACGCCUUCGCCCCAGAAGUACCUGAAAACAGAAGCGGCGGCCUUCGGCGGAGAGAGCUCCUCGGCGCACAAACUCACCCCAGAACAAAUAUUUCAGAACAUCAAACAAGAAUAUAGCCGUUUCCAAUGGAGGCGACAGUUGGAAGGAAGUUUUAAUCAAAGUGAGACGAGCUGUUCUGAGGGAUCAUCUAACAGUUUAUUACUAAAUGCCCCGACUUCACCGGGUACAUUAUCAAAGAAGGAUCAGCCUUUAUUCACAUUACGGCAGGUUGGGAUAAUCUGUGAGCGUCUCCUUAAAGAUCAUGAAAGCAAGAUCCGGGAAGAAUAUGAACAAGUUCUAAAUACAAAACUUGCAGAACAAUAUGAUGCUUUUGUGAAAUUCACACAUGACCAGAUUAUGAGACGAUAUGGAGAACGACCUGCCAGCUAUGUGUCCUGAAGCAUUUUGUGCUUGAAUGGGUGUUGGCUUUCACCUCAAGUCAGCUGCUGUACUUAUGAGAACUAAUUUUGGUGCCAUGUUUUACCCACAUUCAACUUGAGGGAUUUUAACUCUACAUCGCUGGCCCACCCUACCUCUUGUAAAAAUGAAACAAAAAAAACAAAAAUCUGACUUUACUGGUCAAUGUGCUGUCAGUACAGAGAUUUGUCUACUUUCCACUCCUAACUCUGCUACUGUGAGAAUAACCUGCCAUUUAUUUCCAGUUCAAGAAGCUGGAUACCAAGCAACAGUUGUUAAAUCUGCCUUUUUAAGAAGUGGCACUGAAAAUGAGAAUGUUACUUUCAAACCUUUUUGAAAGGAUUAAAGUUCUGUCAUAAGUGAUUUAGUCCGAAUUUUGAAUGUCAUUAAAGUAGAAAUUUGUUUCUGAUUUGAAAAAAUAGUGCACUACAAUAUUACUGCAGAUAUCGCCCUUGUAGAAUAGACUUUAUUUUUUUAUUAAGUGGUGUAUUGUGUUGUCAGCUGCGAACAUUUAUAAUGUCAUUACCUGGUGGCAAGUGAUAUGUGUGUAUCCAGUCCAUUUGGGUUCAGAGUUUGAGAUGGGAUACUGCAGUGGGACUUGAAUUUUAGACGGAUGUAGGCUGGGUCUGAAAUAUUGUCCUUUCGUGAUUAAUUGGUUAUCGUACAAUUGUACGCAUGGUUAUUGCCAAACGGAUUGGUUUCAAAUUGGGUAUGGGUUGGUAUUGAUUUGAUGGAUCCAACUUCAGCUUGUGUAAAUGAAGAAGAAAAAUUGUAAUUUGGUUGUAAAGCUAUUUUUCUUUGUAUUUUGGUUAAAAUUGUCUAAAUGGCCUUAAAUACUCUCAUGCUUGUCCUUUAAAGCCAAUUUCGUAGACAUGAUCUGCACCAGCGGUUUUAAAUUUGCUUUGAAACUUGUGCCAACAUUUAAGCGUUGGAUAGGUCGGUAGCAUAUGAGCUGCUUUUUUUUUAAAGUUUAAGACACUUGAUUCCUGCUGUUGGCAAUUGUUUGGGCUUUAGCUUGGCUUGUGCUAUUUUUUCUGUGUGCUGUAUUUCAAAUACAUUUGUAUUUGAGAUCACAAUGUGUUGGAGAACGAGGUUAAAAUUCAGCAACUGGCCUGCUUGGUGUGGUUAUGGAGACCUUAUUGAAUGCUUAAUCUGGGAGAUGCAAAUCCAGCAACCUGGUCAUUCGUAUCCAAACCACAGAACUAAAGGAUUGUCGGUAUCCUAUUAACAGAUUGCAAGGAUGAAUAGUGGCGUUGCAAUUACAGUUGUCUCCACAAUAUUUUGAAAUAACGAGGUUAGUUCAGUUGGAAUGAAUUCCACUUUUUUAAAGGCAUACCUAACCAAAAAUUGCAACUUUUACCUUGUGUACAUUUUUUGCCCUGUAUAGUACUAACAGGCUUAGUUUAAAAUAAUUUGACAUCAAACAUCUCCUUUAACCUAUUUUGAUGUAAACAUUUAGUAUAAAUUGGGGGAUGUGAAAAUGUUUCAAAAUUGGUUUGCAACUUGUAAUGGUGUUGAAUGUGCUUGUUUGCCUGAGUUUUUAUGGUUUAGCUGACUUCUGUUAAUAAAUCUAGAGUGGCCUUAUGAAAACAGCCAGAUGGUAAAUCUGUUUGUGGCCUCAGUUGUCAGGACAUAAAUCCAUUAUCAAUUGUAGUGUUUUUGAGGGGAAAGAAUAGUUGGUUACUUUGUAGAAUGAGGGUUCUCAUGAGCAGUUACAUACCUCCUUUGCAUGACUACCCACAUUCACAUUUGCAGUGUUCAUUAUACAAGGAAGCACACUGUUAGGUUUGGAGCUUGCACUUUCCUGAAACCUUGCCAUGUAGCUGCAUAUAUGAUAGGAAGUUUAAGGUAACUUUAUGUUCCUUCUGUUUAUCCUUUGGUAUUUUUAAUGGAAAUUGUUCUACAUGAUUUGACUACUUUUGACAAUUGAAAUUGAAUAGAUAAGGUUAAAAAUUAAAAACUUAGUGUUUUACUAUUGUAAAUGCUUAGUUACAUCUGACUGCUAAGACCACUAUUAUAGUUUUCAGUUGGGUAACUUGAUAAAUCUGGAAGCAGUAACAGUACUUUGACUUUAGUGAUAUUGGUUGGUGAGUACAUUGACCACACUCUGGGGCUGCUUUAAUGUGGUCAGCACAAGGAGGGACAUUGAUAAGGUUGGUUAGUGUAUCCACAUUUGUUAAUAAAUACCUGUCCUGCCUGUAUCCUCUGGUAUCUAAUUCAAUUUCCCUUCUGUUGGUUGGUAUCCAGGACAUCAUAAGGGAUUAAUGCUAGUCACUUUUCAUCUGAACAAUUAUUUUAUUUCAAGGCUGUGGUUGGGUUCUCUUAAUCCAUUCCCAUUGAUCUUGAGCCCUUUUUUUGGAUUUUUUUUUAAAAAAAUCACUGCAGGAGUUUUCUUAAAUAAUGGCUUGGAACACUGGAUUCCAUUUAAUUAUUUUACUCUAUUUUAUAAACUUUCAUGGAAGGUUUGAAGCCCUGCGAGCUACAUGGGUCAACAAGAGCCAAGAUCAGUUAGUUUGUGGCGAGGCACACAUCUCCCCUCAUCUUUGUUCCUUUAAGCUAGUUUGCCAUGGAAGUUAAUGAGAAUGUUAGAGGUAUACUAAGAUUUGUUACAAAAGUUACUGAUAUAAUGAGCUUUUUCUUGCCAAAAAUGAUUUCUGAUCCUAUUGGAGAUAACAAAGAGAAAUUAACAUUGGUUUGGCUAAUAGUAAAGCAAGUAUCUAUUUAAAACCUAUUCCUGUGCUUUUGUACUUUGUCCCUUCUGAUUCUUCUAUAUUUCUGCCUUUUGCUUUCCCCUAGGGUAUUCCACAAUGUGGUCACAAGAUUUUUAAAAAUGGUGAUAUAAAGGGCUGAUUCCUGUUGCAAUAGGAUGUCUAGCAAAUAAACUUCCUGGAUAUAAAUGACAGAAUAAAGGUCAAGAUUGAGAUUGUAUGUAGUUUCUUUUUUAUUUUUGGAGGUUUAAAAAUUGUCAGUGCUUAGAACUAGUUUUUCCUUGAGUGUAUGUUUGGAAUACAAAUUGGAAACAGAAUUCUAGGUUUUUAAUGUAGCAGAUGGGGCACAAACUUGUUCUAAUCACUCAAACACUUUCAUGGAAUGUCAUAUGAUUUUAGAAUGUGUGCUUACCUAACAUAGAGAACAGACAGUGGCAGGGCUGUUGCCUCUUUAUAAAGCAAAUAAUAGCCUUUCUGUUGAGGUAAUAUUUGCUACUUGUGUUCCAUGUAAUAGAUGUAUUGUUUGUGGAGACCAUGCCUUUGUCUGGAAAGUUACUUUUUCAUUCAAUGCCAUUUGUUUCAUUGAAACUCAUUAAACAAAUACAAUACCAA